GACCGAGCCCGGAGCUUUCGACAGUCUGAGGGGGCGAAUUCGUGUUCACUGGCUAGCUGGCGCGUCUCCUCCUUCUUAGUCUCUCAGCUUUGGACGGAGCAAGUUAGGUUUUGGAAAUGAAGAGUGUACGCGAUUUCCUCACCAAGCCUGGUGAGCGAGACCAGCCUCAGGCAGGCUCCUCACAUGCUGGGGUGGGCCGGCGGGAUCCUGAGGUAAAUUGUCUUUGGGCCCCGGAAGGAGUGAGGCCUGAAGGCGGUGCCUCAGGGCCGAAGUCCUGGAUCCAAAAGGUUCUUGAGCAAGUAAUAGACUCACCUCUCCAGUGGCUCAGUCUCUCGGACGUGACUCCUGUCUCCGUGCUGGCCGUCCAACGGUACCUGCUAGACGAGCCUGGAGACGUAAUUCCCAAACUAUCCCGUUAUCGGUACGAUAUUACGGUCUCGGACGGGGUGUAUCAGGAAAAGUGCUUUCUCCAUCCCAGACUGAACUUUCUGGUGUCUAAAAAUAUUCUCAGACCUGGCAUCAAAAUGAGAAUUUCCAGAGUCUCGUGUCUUUACAACGAGAAAAGGGUAGGCCAGGGCAUCUUGUGCAUUGAUAAUGUCGACUGUAGAAAGGAGGGGACCUCGGACUCCAUUUCUUUAGCGACUCCCUUCAGAAAUAGUGCGCACCAGGAGAUACCGGAGAGGCCCUUAAGAGGCGGGAAGAGUCAUUACCUGGCCCUGUGGAAUAACGAAGAUCCGUAUGGAGAUAUCUGGUUAACGAACAAGCAACCUGAGGAAUACAAUUUUAACAAUACCAGAAUAAUUUCUCUUGCUCACCUUGAAAUGAGCUGGACUAAGAGAACGAAUUAUCCUGCUUUGCUUGUGAGAAUCAUGCAUAAAUCAAGACUGAGAUACUAUGGAAAACCCGAUAAAAAGAUGAUUGAGCCAUACCAGACCUUUUUGGAAGUUGCUGACAAUUCAGGAACUGUAUCAGUGAUCAUGUGGAAUGCCCUGUGUCCUGAGUGGUAUAAAUGUUUGCAAGUUGGCUUAGUUCUUCUGCUUCAAGAUUAUUCUGUUAAAAAGAGUUUUCCAUUCAGGCUGCCGCCUCUCCCUGUGGAUCCACAGAUCAAACAAAUUUCUACUAUGGAGAUCUGCCUGAACCUUCGAGAUCCUCCAACUAAUAUAAAUAUCAUUCCAGAAAGGCAGGUGAAACCAGAAUGGAGAUUGCCAAAGUUAAAUCAUCGCUUUAUCACAAGAUCAGAACUGGAUGAUAUGCCAGAAAAGCAAAUCUGUGAUGUUGUUGGCGUUUUAGUUUUUGUAGGAAGGGUCCAACGGUUAAAAAAGAAAGAAAACAGUGAAGAUUUUUGGUCAUAUCGCUGGAUUCACAUUGCUGACGGGACUUCAGAUCAACCAUUCAUUGUGGAACUGUUUUCUACAUCUCAGCCAGAAAUCUUUGAAAAUAUUUGCCCAAUGACAUAUUUCAUGUGUACACAGUUGAAAGUUGUCAGAAAUAACAAUCAAGUACCUAAACUGCUUUACCUCACCACUACAAAUGAGAGUCAAAUAUUUAUUAUCGGUCAUAGAGGCCAGCCAUAUGUCAAUGAUACCAAAGUAAAAAGUUUUAUUCGCUGGAUUAAAACAAAGACUGAUUCUGGGGAAAUGAAGAAUACUGUUAUUGGUGGAUAUUACCCCUAUCCCCCAGUGCCAGAAACAUUUUCGAAGUAUAGUACUUCUGUAAAAGUUCAGUCGCUCCUGACAGCUAUAAGUGAAGUGAGGAAGGAGAUUGAAAACUUGCAGUAUAGGGAACAAAAACGCAUUGCAAUUCAGGGAAUAAUUACUGCUAUAAAGUAUAUUCCCAUUAGCAGUGCAACUGGAAGUUCCUCAGCAUCAGAAACAGUUCGGAAUGUUAACCAACCCUCAACAUCCCAAACAGCAAUAAAAGAAAGUCAAAGUCAGGAACUAUAUGGUAAACAGCAUCAAGAUGAUGGUUCUGUGAGUUGUCAAACUACAUGUACAAGUUUGAGCCCUCCCAAGAAAAAAAGGAUUCUGCAAGGGCCAUUUGCCAAACUAGUUCCUAUACCUCAGCCAGAAACUUCUGCACAAACAAGAGAAAAUAUACCAGACACACCAAGUAUCUUCCAACGUAUGUUGCUUUAUUAUUAGUAGUAGUAUUAAUGAAAUAUUUAUGGAACACUAUUAUAUAAAGGUCAC